AUGUCGAGUCCCGACUAUUACAAAAUCCUCGGCGUGUCCCGCGAUGCCACCCAGCAACAGAUUCGCAGCGCUUACAAGCGAGAAUCUCUGAAAUCCCACCCGGACCGAGUGCCGGCCGACUCACCUGAACGCCCUACGCGAACCCGGAAAUUCCAGGAGAUUAAUGAUGCCUACUAUACCCUGUCCGAUCCUGCGCGCCGGCGGGAGUACGACGCCGCUCGGCAGUACGAAGAGACAGAAGCGGAGGUAGACGAAGAAGUGCCUUCUGGCGGCGCGGCGGGAUUCUCAUGGUCCAAUUUCGCAUUUGGAGGAGACCGCAAUGAGCGCGAUUCGAGCCAAUUCGGGUCUGUGUUUGAAGAGAUGCUGCGCGAAGAGGGGCUUGCCGAGGAGGACGAUACCCAGGGCCAAAGACGCACCCGCCCCACCUCUCGGUUUUGGUCGAUGGUCGGGGGUAUCAGUGGUGGUGCGCUGGGAUUCAUCGUGGGCAAUUUCCCCGGAGCUUUAGCUGGUGCUGUGGCAGGGAAUCGUCUGGGUGCUGUCCGCGACGCCAAGGGGAAAAGUGUCUAUGAGGUUUUCUUGGACCUUCCCCAGCCAGAUCGGACACGACUCUUGAGUGAGCUGGCUGCCAAGGUAUUCCAGUCCACGAUGGGACGCUAG